CAAAUCGGCUCUACCACCUCUGAAAACUCAUCUACAAAUUUGUGUCAGCAUUCCGGUGCAUCUUUGGAUUGGAAGCAGGCGCGCCCUUUCAAUGAAUUACCUACAGACAAUGCUUUCAAACUGAUCUGUAAAUUUUUGUCCGGCGGUCGAUACUAUAAUUUAGACUCCAACCAAUUGGAGAUGGCAAUGCGCAAGGAGUUUGGUGAUAUUUUCGUAGUACCCGCAGUGUUGGGUCGGCCUGCCACCUUGGUAACACACAAUCCAAAUGAUUUUGCAUCUGUCUUUCGCAACGAAGGCAUAUGGCCAAUACGCCCAUUUUCAACCCUACGCUAUCAUCGGAGAAAACGGCAUGCGGAUUUUUACCAGGGUGUCGAAGGCGUUUUAACUACACAAGGUGAACAGUGGAGCUCAUUCCGCUCGGCAGUAAAUCCACUGCUAAUGCAACCAAAAAGUAUACUCCUAUAUCUUAGCAGAAUGGCACAAGUAAACCAGGAAUUCGUUGACAGAAUACGUCUGAUACGCGAUCCCAAUACCCUGGAAGUGCCAGCAAACUUUGAGGACUAUAUACAGCGUUGGUUGUUGGAAUCUGUAUCGCUAGUUGCUCUGGACAAGAACCUUGGAUUGCUUCGAGAACAUAAUGAAAAUCACGCAGAUGGUAUGAAAAUGAUAUCUGCCUUAAAUACAAUAUUCACACUUGGCUAUGAUUUGGAGUGGAAACCUUCACUGUGGCGACGAAUGAGCACACCGAAAUUCAAGCGUGUAAUGCAGGCUAUGGACGAUGUACAAAAUAUAUCGUUGAAGUAUAUAGAUAAAGCAAUAGAAAAACUGGAAGCCGAAAAGCAGCAAGGUUUCGAGCGGCCAGAGCAUGAAAAGAGUGCUUUCGAGAAGUUGCUAAAGAUCGAUCGGAAAGUAGCGACUGUGAUGGCCACGGAUUUACUGCUUGGUGGCGUUAAUACC